AUGUCACCUGACACAGAGAUGGAUGGUCACGAUGCAUACCUCCAUGUUGGAGAGCGGAAAAACUUCACGUGCAGUAUAGACGAUCAGAUGACGUCAUCAACUACGUCAUCAACUUUUUCGUUAUUUUCUUCGUCUCCAUUGCCGCCGUCUUGCUAUUCACUUCCGGAUCACGUGAACGUGGUUCUAACAUUCGAGCGGAGCAAAAAAUUCGACUCGCGACAAGAAAUCAGAUGCUGCUGUGAUCUCCGCCAUGCUGCUGGUAGUGGUGGUGAUGAGGAAGAAGAUGAGGAAGAAGAUGAUGAUGGAUAUCACUAUAAUAAUGAUGAUAAAGAUGGAGUGAGCAAAGAUAAUGAUGAUGAUGAGGAUGGUGGUGAUAUGAAAAACAGCAAAGAUGACAAUGAUGAUAAUGGCAGAAGCAAAAACUGCCGUAUUAAUGCCUUACAAGUUGAUGUACAUAUGAAGUCAUUUUUGUAUGCGGACGUAGUGCCAUCUGUUCUGAUCAGAGCUCCCGGCAUCCACGAACGUUGCCAUCUAAACCACAGAAACCGCAACGAAACCGCGUUUUUACGGGUGCGAUUUUAA